AUGUCUCUUCGCAUUUCCGUCCCCCCUACGGUCCGCCCAACGGAUCGGAUCUGCUGCCAGUGCUGCCAGAAACACCCCAUAGCCAACUCUCACCACAGCACCACCACCACCUCCACCACCGACUGCGCCCACACCCCCUGCUGGGCCUGCCUCCCCCUCAACAGACACGGCACAAUCCUCCACACCCACGAGGCCGAGUCCCCACACACCUUCCGCUGCGGCACCUGCGGCGCCACGGAGCAGCCCAUCCUCGCCCUCCUCGUCGACGCCGCCGACUGCUGCGCCUCCCCCUCCGUGUCCGCCGUGCACGACCACCUGGGCCAGGAGAUCGCCAUCCCGGUUUGGGGCCGGGGUGGGAUUGACGUCGUCGGCGGCGGGGAGGAGCUCGUCCGGCUGCAGCACGGGCUUUACGGGUGCGGGGCCUGGGUUCGGCUGGGGGAGGUGGACGAGGCUGUUGCGAGGGGGCGGGACACGGGGUUGCGGGUUGUUGAGUGGAUCCCCGAAGACCCGGCGGAGAAGGAGGGUGGGAAGCGGCGGCGGCGGGACGAUGGCGUGGCCUCUGCUGCGAAACGAAGAAGGCGUGGGCUGGAUCUGCGACCUGAAUUGGCGGAGGAUGGAAGAAGCUUUGGGGGAGAUGGGCAGGAUCCCACUCCCUCCUACAGCACGGGACUUGACUGGCAGAAGGAUGCAGGGCUAGCAGAAAACGUGGUAGCAGCAGCAGCAGCACCACCACCACCUGCAGACACCGCACCCAACGACGCGGAUCCCACGACCAGCACCGCUGAAGACACACCCAUCGGGAAUGACAACCCCAACAACAACAACAACAAGAAGAAGAAAAACAGGCGGCCCGGCGGGCAUCAGCGCAGAACCCUCCUGCGGAAGCGGUGGAGCGAUGAGGUCACCGCCACCGACACAGGACCAGCAGCGGCCAUCAGAGGGGAGCCGAUGCCGAUGCCGAUGCCGAUCCUGGUGGACGGCGUAUCAUCCGAGUCAGUGUCAGCGGCGAGGAGAGGACAAAGACGGAAGCGAAGGGGGGGGCGGAAUAGGAGGGAGGGAGAGGGAGGGUUGCCCCGCUCCCGGGGUGGUGACAGUGGAGGAGGGAGAAGAGGUCCGAUGGAUGAUAAAUUUCGAUUGUACGAAAAAGGACAGCUUGGGGGUGCCAGAUCGUUCUGA